CCCGCGGCGCGCCAGCAGCACUGCACGCAGGUGCGCAGCCGGCGGCUCAUGAAGGAGCUGCAGGACAUCGCGCGCCUCAGCGACCGCUUCAUCUCCGUGGAGCUGGUGGACGAGAGCCUCUUCGACUGGAACGUGAAGCUGCACCAGGUGGACAAGGACUCGGUGCUGUGGCAGGACAUGAAGGAGACCAACACCGAGUUCAUCCUGCUCAACCUCACCUUCCCCGACAACUUCCCCUUCUCGCCGCCCUUCAUGCGGGUGCUCAGCCCGCGCCUGGAGAACGGCUACGUGCUGGACGGCGGCGCCAUCUGCAUGGAGCUGCUCACGCCGCGCGGCUGGUCCAGCGCCUACACCGUGGAGGCGGUCAUGCGCCAGUUCGCCGCCAGCCUGGUCAAGGGCCAGGGGCGGAUCUGUAGAAAGGCCGGCAAAUCAAAAAAGUCCUUCAGCCGCAAGGAAGCCGAAGCUACCUUUAAGAGUUUGGUGAAGACGCAUGAAAAGUACGGCUGGGUCACCCCGCCAGUGUCCGAUGGCUGAUGUGUUCGACGUGUGGG